AUGCCGUCGACGAGGCAGCUGCGCACGCUCGUCGUCGGCGUCAUCAUCGGCGUCGUCUUCGUCCUCUUCUACACGUCCCACCUGCGCCAGCACGAGGUGCGCGACGGCCGCACGCUGCAGGACUUUUACCACAAGACGGUCAGCGGGCUCGACAAGAAGCCCGCCGGCUCCGGCUCCGCGGCCGGCGACCAGGCCGUCAUCAAGGACAAGGACGGCGACGGCAACAUUGACGCCGACGACGAGCGGCUCGCCCAGGACAUGGCCGACCGCCUCAAGGAGGCCGCCGUCAAGGCCAAGGAGGCCGCCAACAAGAAGGCGCCCCUGCGGCCCGACGACCCCAGCGAUAUUGUCGGCAUUGGUACUCGGCCGCCGGCCAAAAGAAUGACUCGCCCGCCGCUUGAUGGUCGUUGCUGGUGCCGGAUGCCGGUGCCGGUGCCGGCGCCAAGGACGUCGAGAAGAAGCAGCCCAAGGAGACGGACGAGAGCACGCCGUCGAGGUCGAGGUCAAUGCCAUUCUCAAAAAAUCACCAGGCAUGUCCCUCUUGUCUUGAUUCUUUGGUGGUGGUCAUGCAUGGGGCGCCUUGCUAACCUCCUCGACGAGCACCCCAUCGGCAAGGCCCUGCAGGACUUCCUCGCCGCCAAGACGGGCCGCUCCACCGUGCCGAACGUGCUCAUCAACAGCGUCAGCAUUGGCGGCUUUGACGACGUGCACGACCUGGACGAGCGCCAGAAGCUCGUCGCCAAGAUUAUCGACCUCGGACAGAAAAGGGUCACCAUGGUCCAGCGGACGGCGGGGGCGGGGGCGGGGGCGGCCGGACACAAGUCAUCGUAGGCGGGGGUGUGUUGUGAAGAAAAAACCCCCAAUGACAGAAGCUUUGGAGCAUUGGCAGAAGCCUCUGAGCAUGGGCAGAACAAAAAAAAAAUAACAAAGCGAAA